AUGGCGGCGAAGCCUUUACUGCGUCCCACGGCCUCACCACGCCUCAUUAACCGCUCCUUGCCUCAUCGUCGCGCCUUCGCCGACGUCAAGCGACCACCGGGGGCGCCGAAGCCAAUCAUCGACAUUCGGCACAUCAGGGAGAACGCGAAGCUGCACGAGGAAAACUGCAUCGACCGCAACUAUGCCGUCCAAAGUAAGAGCCCAGCACGCAUCAACGAAAUCUUUGCACAAUGGCAGGCUCUCCAGAAGGACAGCCGCGCCGUCCGCGAGCGGUCUAACCUCCUGCGCCGCCAGAUCGCCAACCCGGCCUCGAGCCGCGACGACGCUGAUUUGGUCAAAAUGAAGGAGAGAUCGCGCGAGGAGCUGCUUGCAGAGGCGCGCGAGCUCAAGCAGAAGCUCACCGCCGUCGAGCAGGAUGAGGCGCGGCUCGUGGAGGAAAUGGAGGCCCUGGCCCUCGGCAUCCCCAACCUCACCAGCGAAGCCACUCCCAUCGGCGACGAGCCGCAGCUGCUGAGCUACAUCAAUGAGCACCCGGCCGUGAUCCCGAGCGCAUCAGACAAGGUGUGGAGGUCCCACGUCCACAUCGGCUCGGAGCUGGGCCUGCUUGACUUCGCCGCCGCCGGCAACACCUCCGGCUGGGGCUGGUACUACCUCCUUGACGAAGCCGCCCAGCUGGAGCAGGCCCUCGUCCAGUACGCAUUGGCCGUUGCCACGAGACACGGCUGGCGUCAGGUUGCCCCGCCGAGCAUCGUAUACAGCCACAUCGGCUCGGCUUGCGGGUUCCAGCCACGAGACCAGAACGGCGAGCAGCAGAUUUACGCGCUCGCUCAGUCGCAGGCAGACGCGGACCGCGGCAAGCCGGAGCUCUCCCUCGCCGGCACCUCGGAGAUCCCAUUGGCCGGGAUGAAGGCCGAGACGACUCUCGACGCCUCCGAGCUCCCCAUGAAGCGCGUCGCCGUCUCGCGCUGCUAUCGCGCCGAGGCCGGCGCCCGCGGCGCAAACACAAAGGGCCUGUACCGCGUGCACGAGUUCACCAAGGUCGAAAUGUUCGCCUGGACGCCCCCCGACGUCGGCGAGACGAUCGAUAUCUUUGAGGAGAUGCUCGACAUUCAAACCGAGAUCCUCGGCUCCUUGGGCCUGCACUGUCGCAUCCUCGAGAUGCCCUCUACCGACCUCGGCGCCUCGGCCGUGCGCAAGUGCGAUAUUGAGGCCUUCUUCCCCUCCCGCCAGCAGCAGAACGACGGCUGGGGCGAGGUCACCUCGGCCAGCAUCUGCACCGACUAUCAGACGCGGAGGCUCGCCACGCGCGCCAAAAUUGACGGCAAGCUCACGUUCCCCUGGACCGUAAACGGCACAGCGCUCGCCGUCCCCAGAGUGCUGGCUGCUCUUUUGGAGGCCGGUUGGAACGAGAAGGAAAUGUCCGUUUCAAUCCCGGCCUGUUUGCAACCGUGGAUGGACGGAAAGGAGAAGAUCAUUCGGAAAACCCCCGCAUAA